AUGUUGAACAAUCCUAAAACACGUCCAGCUUUAUUAUAUUUAUUGCUUUUAUUGGGAGAAGCAAGUUGCAAUUAUUUUGAAUCAGAAUUAAGCCUAGCUAAUGACAAAACUUCUAUAGUUCGCAAAUGUUGCCCUAAAGAGCGAAUUAGACAUCAUCGGAGACCUUUGUAUUGCUGCCAGGAUGGGUUAUUCCGUGAUGAAGAAGAUGGUUAUUUAUUAAAAGAAUGCGCAGAUCAGGGUGUUUCGAGUGUAAUUAUUUUAGAAUUAUUUUUAAAAUUAAUUUUGUCCUUAAAGGAUUCCAUAGUCAAAAUAAUCAGAUGUGCUCAACAAGAAAUACACGGUGAAAAGGCUGUGGAGAUUUGCAAAGCCUAUUGCUGUGAAUUAUUCAGAGAUAGUCAUUGCUCCAAAAUAUGCUUAACAAAUAUUACCAAAGUAAACAUGUCUAUUGAAAUAUUAUUUGAGCUGUUGAAAAAAUGCAGGAAUCAUGAGAAUUAUGGGGAAGUCCAUGACUGUAUCCAUUCAAAAAGACCUAAGGACAUGGAUGCCGCAGAGUUGGAAAUUUAUUGUAAAAAGGCUAUUAAUAUGGCAAUAAAAUUAACUGUCCUUCUUGAUUUUGUUGUAAUUCUGCUAUGGGUAUAUGCCAAAGUCCAGAUUCUUGGCAAUGCUCGUUUUCGGUAUAUUUUUGCCUUUGUGAUUGGUUUUCUUGGAAAAUUUUGGAUUUGAAAAUUUUUUAAUUGUAUAAAUUUUUUUACCUUUCUGUUUCCGCCUCAUUUGAUAUGCUGAUAAUGAACCUAUAUUUGAAGCAUUGUAU